AUGGAGCAGCUGACUUUAUGUAAUGUACUGUAUAAGAUUUUGGCUAAAGUGCUUGCUGAUAGGCUAAAGCGAGUAUUACCUGCCAUUAUUUCUGAAGAGCAAUCAGCCUUUGUCCCGGGUCGUUCCAUUACUGAUAAUGUCAUUGAUGCUUUUGAGACUAUUCAUGCUAUGCGUCGGAAAACGAAGGGUAAAAGAGGUGAUGUGGCGAUUAAUGGGGAGGAGGUAGGUCCUAUAAUGCCAUCUAGGGAGCUGAGACAAGGUGAUCUGUUGUCUCCAUACUUGUUCAUCUUAUGUGCUGAAAGGCUUUCUUCUCUUUUGAAGAAGGCAGAGUCAUGUGGUAAUAUUCAUGGUAUUCGGGUGUGUAGGGAGCUCCUAAAAAUUCUAUUAAAGCAGAUUUGGGUGUCUAAGCUUGACACAGGUCGAUAUCUUGGUCUCUCCUCUCUUGAGAUACUUCUCAAGUCUGUGGCACAAGCGAUUCCCUUUUACUGUACGAGUGUAUUCCUGCUCCCUGUGUCAUUCUGCGAUGAGCUCCAGCAUAUUAUGAACUCUUUUUGGUGGGGUUCAAAACCGGAUGGUGGGAGAAGGAUUCACUGGUCUUCAUGGGAAAGGCUCUGUACCAGAAAAGGGUAUGGAGGGAUGGAUUUUCGUCAUUUACACAACUUUAAUGUUGCUAUGUUGGGUAAGCAAGCAUGGUCUUUGAUUGCUAAUCCAGAUGCUCUUGUUAGUAAAGUUAUCAAAGCCAGAUAUUUUCCUAGGGGGGACUUCUUUUCGGCUCAAUUGGGUUCUAACCCGAGCCUUGUAUGA